AGCAAAAGGCAUCAUGGCUAAAUACAUGAACACUACUUGUUCGUACUGUCUGCUUCUUUUACUGAUCACCGCCGCCGCUUCUCAGUCCACCGUCAAUACCCUACCCGGUUAUCCCGGACCUCUGCCUUUCAAACUCGAAACCGGGUACAUUGGCGUUGGAGAUGACGAUGAAGUUCAACUGUUCUACUACUUCGUUGAAUCGGAGCGAGACCCGCGAAAGGACCCUCUUAUUUUUUGGCUCACCGGCGGACCCGGUUGCUCUGGGUUUUCCGGCCUCGUUUACGAAAUCGGUCCGUUGGCGUUUGAUGUGGUAGAUUUCGAUGGAAGCUUUCCUUCUUUCACUUUAAAUCCAUAUUCAUGGACAAAGAUCGCAAGCAUUAUAUUCAUAGACUCCCCUGUCGGAACCGGAUUCUCCUAUACCAACACAUCAGAAAGUUACGCUACGUCCGACACUAAAUCAACAGAAGAUAAUUACGUAUUCUUGAGGAAGUGGUUGUCACUCCACCCCAGAUUUGUAAAAAAUCGCCUAUACAUCGCUGGCGACUCUUACGGAGGCAAAAUCACUCCCAUGGUAGCUCGGGCCAUAUCAGAAGGUAACGAAGCCGGACUUCAGCCACGAAUGUUACUCCAAGGAUACAUUGUUGGUAAUUCAAGGACGGAUGCAAAUAAGGAUGACAAUGAAAAGAUUCCUUAUGCUCACAGAAUGGGACUCGUAUCCGAUGAAUAUUUCGAGCUAGCAAAAAGCAGCUGUCUCGGAGAGUACGUGAAUCCGGAUCCAGAUAAUAUAGAAUGCAAAUACGCUCUUCGUCUUGUUAAUGAGUGCACAAAGCUUGUCAACAAUCCCCACAUUCUGGAGCCGAAGUGCAAAUUCUUAUCACCAAACCCUAAUUACUCUCAACGGGGCCCACUAUUUGUAGAAGAUGAUCCAGUCGACGACGUCCUAUUCAUGUCCACACAAGACGACUCGUUAUGCCGUAAUUAUAAUUAUGCGAGCUCUUACGUUUGGGCGAAUAAUGAAACUGUCCAAGAAGCUCUUCACAUAAGAAAGGGAACAAUACCCGAUUGGAAAAGAUGCAAUAAGAGCUUAAGUUAUGAGUAUGAUGUAGAAAGUGUUCUCGAAGAUCAUCGGCUUCUCAGCGAGAAAGGCUUUCAAGCCUUGGCAUAUAGUGGCGAUCAUGACAUGUCUAUACCCUACAUGAGCACUCUAAAAUGGAUACGAGAAUUAAAUCUCACCGUUGACGAUGACUGGAGGCCGUGGACUGCCAACGGACAAGUUGCAGGAUACACACAGAAAUACAAGAACAAUCAAGCCUACAUCACCUUUGCUACAGUCAAGGGUGCAGGUCAUACAGCUCCAGAGUACAAGCCUAAAGAAUGUUUUGCCAUGUUUGAGAGAUGGCUCUCUUUGUACCCACUCUGAUCCAAUACUGCAGGUUCUGGAUUUUAUUAUCUUUGUAUUUAAUUAUUUAACAAAAUAUAUUUAUUUUUGUCACAAAUAAAAUAAAAAGUUGAGAUUAUGGUACAACUCUAUAGAAGAAAAUCAAAUAAGAGAAUAAAGAAAGAAAAGAAACCGAGUGAUUUUGGAUCUUGAUAAAAAUUCCUUGUAUAGAUGUCACAUGUGAUGUAACUAUCAUUCAUUAUUCGACAAAUUACGAAAAACCCCCUAAUGUUUAGGUAAUUACAACCACCCUCGAAAAACCACUCCUUCAGUAGAUAAAUUUAACACCGUAAGGGUGGACGUGUAAGACAAUACGUAGUUGAGGGGAUGGUUGUGUAAUUACCCAAACAUAGAUGGGUGUUUUUGUAAUUUGACGGUACCUGAGGGGUGGCCGUAAAUUACCCUUUGUUUUAUGUGUCUAUUAUCUAUCUGGCCA